CUCUUUGAGGUCCCACAAAAUGUGUGAAAUGCUUUCUGUUGUUGAAGGCGCAGGACUUUACCCCCUCUCCCUGUUUCAAUGGCGCAGUGUUUAUCCUUUUCAGUUCUCAGCAACCACUAUCUAAACCCACCACCCCCUGUCUCUCUCUUCCAUGGCAGAGUCUCUGCCAAGUCUCUCCCAACUUUUCAAAAACGAUUCGUUUUGUGUAACUCAGCAAUACCCACCAGAGUUCAUGGGUUCAGUUCCAGUUUCUUACAAGGAAAUUGCAAAAGCAGAGAAAUUUCAACAAAAUCAGCUGAAACUGAAACUGGGAGCACUUCCACACUGAGCCAAAGUGUGUUUAGGGCAUUCCAUUUGAUUGUGUCCCUAGGGCUUAUUCUUGCUAUGGAUAAGUUUUUGAAGAAAUCAUUCGUAGCUGCUGCCAUUAAAUUCCCGAGUGCGUUGUUUGGGAUGUUCUGUAUAUUCUCGGUUUUGAUGAUUCUUGACUCUACAGUGUCCUCUGCAGCUACAGCAUUGAUGAACUUCUUUGAGCCUGCUUUAAUGUUCAUACAGAGAUGGCUCCCUUUGUUCUAUGUUCCAUCUUUGGUUGUCUUACCCCUUUCUUUAAAAGAAAUUCCUGCAGCUUCUGGUAUCAAAAUUUGCCUUAUUGUAGUUGGAGGAUGGCUAGCUACACUUUGUGUUGCUGGUUUCACGGCUAUAGCAGUAAGAAAGGCUGUCAAUACAGAAUUGGUAGAUGCUGAGCCUAUGGGAAGGCCCUCUCCAUUUUCUCCCGUUGAAGUAUGGACAUGGACUGGGGUUCUCCUUACAUCAUUUGUUGCUGCAGUACUUUACCCAACAGCACUGGGGACCAGUGCUAGAACAUGCCUUCCAUUUUUGCUUGCAGCCACAGUGUUAGGCUACAUGGUUGGUUCUGGGUUACCAUCAAAUGUGAAGAAGGUUUUCCAUCCUAUAAUUUGCUGUGCAUUAUCAGCAGAUCUGACAGCAUUUGCUUUUGGGUAUUUUUCCAAGUCAGGGCUUGAACCUGUUCUAGGAUAUUACCUCACAAAGGCAUCUUCUAAUCCUGGAGCUGGCGACAUUUUAAUGGGAUUUUUGGGAUCUGUUAUUCUCUCCUUUUCCUUCUCUAUGUUCAAGCAAAGAAAGCUUGUGAAGAGGCAUGCAGCUGAGAUUUUCACGUCUGUCAUCAUCUCAACAGUAUUCUCACUGUACUCAACUGCCCUUGUUGGACGUCUUGUUGGAUUAGAACCAUCAUUAACCGUGUCCAUUCUUCCCAGAUGUAUAACAGUGGCGUUGGCCCUCAGCAUUGUGUCUUUGUUUGAAGGUGCCAAUUCAUCGCUCACGGCCGCUGUGGUUGUAGUAACUGGUCUGGUUGGAGCAAAUUUUGUGCAAGCAGCGCUUGAUAAGUUCAGUUUCCGUGAUCCAAUUGCUCGAGGAAUAGCAACUGCUUCCAGUGCCCACGGACUUGGAACAGCAGCCUUGUCUGCAAAGGAACCUGAGGCUCUCCCAUUUUGUGCCAUUGCUUAUGCUUUGAAUGGUAUAUUUGGGUCUAUACUCUGCUCGAUUCCAACUGUCAGAGAAAGCUUGCUUGCAAUUGUUGGCUGAAAUUGUCGUUAAAAUCACAACCUGAUGCUAUUUCUAUUCCUUUAAAUGCCAUAACUGGCUUAUCUGAUGGCUGCAUAAAUGUAUAGAGCAAUAUAAAGAACCGUAAAUUUAGUCGCACCAUUUUGUCAGUUGUAUAGGAAGCACUAGUCCAUUCAUUUAUGAUUUAUCAUAUUCUAUAACGGCAAUUGUCUAUUUGGGCUUUCAUAUUUUCUUAAAGUGAGGAGAGUUUCCAACUUUAAAAAUGUGCAUGUUUCUUAAAUUUGAU